CAGCGAUAAACAUAGAUGCUACGUCCAAAGAUAUUAAGAUAUUUUAGGUAAUGAUGAUUAAAUGCCAGAUGUGGAAGAUAAAAAUCGGUUGGAUACUCGUUGUUUUCCAAAUCUAUAUGCUAUCUGUUAAAACAUACAACUUGAAAUGUCCUUUGCAAGCCAACUGGAAACUUCGAGCACAAGUAAAGUGUAACAGCACGUUGAAAUACUUUUGCUUGUACAACAAUGUGGCAGAGAAAUAUGUUGAAGGAUGUAAUGGCCCAGACUGGGAUAGAAAAGGAAGUAAGCGAAUAUAUGCCGGAGAUUUUAGCAGAGGUGAAUGUAUACGGAAGCGUUUCCAGCCAUUUAUAUUUUGGACCAAUGGUAGUGUAAGUGAUUGUAUCUAUGCUAAAUCAAUCUGCAGUGCAGAAGGACAAGUUGUUUACAACGACAAUUCAACAAAAGAUGACAGAGCAUGCCGAUGUGAUUACGAAAAGAACUAUAUAUUUAUAAAAACUCCAAGAAAUUUCUGUUUUUGUAUACCAACAGAAGAAGACUGUUCCUGUUACAUCAAAUCAUGUCCUAUAAACUAUACCCUUUCAGCAGAUUAUAAAUGCACCAUAACUGAUUUCCAGGAAGUAACACAGUGUAAACAUAUAACCAGCUAUAACAUAACCUUAGAUGAAAAAACAGGAGACAGCAACGGAAAUAUCCAUCUGAUUAACAGUCAAACAUCAUUCCUGGUUAACUGGAGUGACAGAGCUGCAGCUCCCAUAUUUUGCCUGAUCAUCAUGUAUAUAGUUGGUGAGACAUUUGUAGCUUAGUAACAUUUUGUA